CUGUCAGAGCUCCGCCAAUCAGCGUUCAGUUUGCGGUACGGCGCUCCAGAACUACACGGACCGGAGGAUCGGUGUCGAGACAUGAACUCCAGUAACUUCUUCACAUCCGUUGGUUGAGGUGUAAAUACAUCUGUGGUGCGCUGUUCGUGUGUGUGCCUUCAGUGCACCGUCAGCCAUGCCUGUGACAUCUCAGCUGCUCAGGGGUUUGCCCCGCACUAAGGUCUUGGCCUCUGGUCUGUUACCGUGCCAACAACACCAGUCCCAUUUACUGCCCGUCACUCCACGGCCUGCCUCAAGACGGCCGUCCCACGUGUGGCAGAGCCCCCAGCACUCAAGAAGUUACCAGACAGCCUCAGUGCUCCGCAGCUACAUCCUCACGCCUCCGCAGGUCAACUCCAUCCUGAAAGCCAACGAGUACAGCUUUAAGGUGCCAGAGUUUGAUGGGAAGAAUGUGUCGUCGGUGAUGGGUUUUGAAAGUAAUCAGCUGCCAGCCAACGCCCCUAUAGAGGACCGUCGCAGCGCGGCCACAUGCCUGCAGACACGAGGAAUGCUGCUGGGUGUGUUUGAUGGCCAUGCUGGCUGUGCCUGCGCUCAGGCACUGAGUGAGAGGUUGUUUUACUACAUUGCCGUGUCUCUGCUGCCACACGACACACUGUGCGAGCUGGAGGCAGCAGUAGAGUCCGGCAGGGCACUCAGUCCCAUCCUGCAGUGGCACAAACACCCCAACGACUACUUUAGCAGGGAGGCUCAGACGCUCUACUUCAACAGUCUCCGAACCUACUGGCAGGAGUUGAUAGAUCUCACCAGCCCAGGCGAGGUUCCAGACACCCGUGAGGCGUUGCUGAGCGCCUUCAAGAGGCUGGACAACGACAUCUCUCUGGAAGCUCAGGUUGGAGACGCGAAUGCUUUCCUGCACUACUGGGUCCUGAGAGUGGCCUUUUCUGGAGCGACAGCUUGUGUGGCUCACGUCGACGGAUCAGACCUGUUUAUCGCCAAUGCAGGAGAUGCUCGGGCAGUGUUGGGGGUGCAGGAGGAGGAUGGUUCAUUCAGUGCUCACACACUCUCUAAUGACCACAACGCCCAGAACGAGGAUGAGGUGGCUCGGAUACGGGGUGAACACCCUCCAUCAGAGAGAAAGACGGUUAUACGACAGGACCGGUUGCUUGGCCUCCUCAUGCCGUUCCGUGCGUUCGGGGAUGUGAAGUUCAAAUGGAGUAUUGAGCUACAGAAGCGCGUGUUGGAGUCUGGGCCUGAUCAGCUCCACGAAAACGAGCAAACCAAGUUUAUCCCCCCCAACUAUCACACACCGCCUUACCUGACCGCUGAGCCAGAGAUCACGUACCACAAACUGCGGCCACAGGAUCGCUUUCUGGUGAUUGGCUCUGACGGCCUCUGGGAGACCCUCCACAGACAGGAAGUGGUUCGUAUCGUGGGGGAGUAUUUAACAGGGGUGCACCAGCGUCAGCCCCUCAAAGUCGGAGGCUACAGGGUCACCCUGGGACAGAUGCAGGGGCUCCUCGAAGAGAGGAAGGCUCGCAUGUCUUCCGCUUUCGAGGAUCAGAACGUGUCGACCCACCUGAUGCGUCACGCGGUGGGAAACAACGAGUUCGGCACGGUUGACCACGAAAGGCUGUCGAAAAUGCUGUCGCUGCCCGAGGAGCUGGCUCGAAUGUACCGCGAUGACAUCACCAUCAUCGUCGCUCAGUUCAACCCUCAUGUGAUUGGAGCACAGAGACAGGAGGGGCAGUCCUGAGCUGUUCAAAAGCCAUUCACCGGCGUCACGCUGACGAGUACACACACACUUCUGUAAACGUAAGCACACUCUGGACAAACAGGCCAUACUCAGAAAAUAUUUGAAUGAAUUUGUUUUAACUCUAUUUAUGUACAGAGUUUGUAUGUUUUUAAUGCAGUUCCACAGAAGAUCCGGUUUCUUAUGAAGUUAAAAACCUCUCUCUAAAAACUGGGUUCAAGUCUCUUAUAUAACAUGUUAUUUAUGACAAUAUUCUCUGGCAACUGUUUCCUACACGCUUAUCUCCGAGGCUGAUGAGACACUGUUACCUACUGAUCUGAUUGUUGUGCCAAAAGAUUCGACCACCUUGUUUACUGAAAGACUCAGCUGGGUUGAAAUUAUAGAAAUUCCAAAGAGGGUGAAGGUUGGGACUUUACAAGUAAAGAGGCCUUGCAGCACUGACACGACCUGCUUUUUUUUCCCCCCUGAUUCCUUAACUGGUCUGUGCCAUAUUAACACCACACACUCUCUUUCUCUGCUGUCUGGUUUUGUCCUAUGUAUCCCAGACACAAUCUUUUUCACUCUGUGGGCCGUUUCUGCAUCUGAGGGACUGAUGUUACAACUGAGGACUGUUGCAACCAUUUGUUUUUACUUCUUUGUGUGUGUUGUUGUAUGAGAUAUUCUUAGUACUGUCAUACAUAAGGAUUUUGUUCAGUAUUCACCCUGCAGUGGGUAUUUUGAUGAUGUCUACUCCAGCACACUGGGUUUCAAGUGAAAGAGUGACUGACAAGUUUGAGUGUUGACACUGAGCUGUAGGACAUUCACAUCCAUAUUGGAUCGACAGUGUAGGACCCACAGUGCGUCUGAUGUGAAUGUAAAUGCCAUGGAAUUAAAGUUGAAAGUCAUAGCGUGGUGGUUCUCAUCUUGUGUGGUGCCCCUGAUGAAUCUCAAGAGAAAGGGUUACAAUAUGAUUAUAGGGAAGAGAGAGAAAAUGAUUCUGUUACGCAAGAUUUUAUCUAUUUUCCUUGAAAAAAAAAAAAACACUGGUUACUUUCUCCUCUCCUCUUGGUGGCUUUUGAAAAUCCACAGACUGAAUCAAGAAUGAAUGUGGUUCAGCUGUUUACAGCUCGUGUUUUGAACAGGCAGUAACCUAAACAAGGGGAACACAAAUCAAAUAAACAGUGCUUCAUUUUAAAGAGUCACAAGCCAAAAAGGUUGAGAAACACUGAGCUAGAGCUUGUUUUCAUUUCAAAACCAGUGUGCUGGAGUACAAAGCAAAACACAAAACUGUCCAAACAUUUGAUGUAUUUUAAACAAGUCUUGAACAGCUUUUUACGUCACUUUUCUGUGAUCACUUGAUCACUUGAUUAUUGCGGUGCUUCCUGGCUGAAAGAAGUAACAGUAAAGUGAAGUAUUCUCCAUUUCCCUAACACUACUUUGGCUGAAGUGACAGUGUUAGAGUUACCGUCAGUAUGUGUUUGUGAACCUCUGAGCAUAGACACACUCACUGAACUUUACCACAGUCAAACCAUUUGGUUACAGCAGCAAAGCUUUUGUUUUUGAAGCUGUUGGAGUAAAAAAGACAAAAAGACAGUUUGGGUUAAAAAGGGAUGAAUGUUCACCUUGCCUUAUGUUUGUUUUCUGACUGGUUGUUAGCAGUGUGGAUAAAAAGUUUGUUACAGAUUUUAUUAUUCAUGGCAGCAAAGGUGAAAGUAGAAGCAGACCACUCCCCUCACACUCUCCAGUUUAACACUAUUCACAGGGGCAUGGUUGUGUGUUUAAGUGUAUUUAAGCCCAAAUGAAUGAGCAGAAUGUAAAUUUGAAACAAGCUGUUUGAAUAUUAUUAAGGUUAUUUAUUCAGCUUCAGCAUUAUGUUACACAUGUUUAUCUACAGUUGUAUGUAUAAAUUGUAACUUAUGUGGGUUAAGUUUUGUAUAUGGAAUGGUUUAAUAAAACACAGAAUACACACCG